CAUGGCGGCCGCCGGCUUGCCCGACUUCGACGUCUAUCUCACGCAAAUAAAAACGCACUCCGUCGAGCGAACGCUACUCCCACUCGUCAAGCAGAUCAGCAGCCUUGUGGCAACGAGGGGCGAGGCGGCGGCCGGCGGCGCUGCGGUGCAACGAGUAGGCGCCGCAGUCGCUUGCGCCGUAGAACGUUUCGUAGCCGUCGGAGAGACCAUCGCUGACGACAACCCUGACGUCCGACACAGCAUGGUCCUCGCUUGUAAAGAGGCACGCGCUGCAGGUCGUGCCAUCGAACGCGUAUGCACAGGGUCAGACGGCACGGGCAUGGUGACGGCGGCGCGCGGCCUCCUCGCCGCGGUCACGAGGGUCCUGCUGCUGGCUGAUAUGGUGGUUGUGCGGCAAUUGCUAUUAGCUAAGGAUAAGGUGGCACGUUCAUUGGAUCGUCUGGAGUCGGUGUCCAACUUUGCAGAAUUCGUGCGAGCUUUCACGGAGUUCGGCGGGAGUAUGGUGGAGCUGGCGAGGCUCACGGCGGAGCGGAGAGCUGACCUCAGGGACGAGAGACGAAGAGCACAAGUGGCGGCAGCAAGGAAUGUUCUAGAACGAUCUACGCUAAUGCUUCUUACGUCAUCAAAGACGUGUUUAAGGCAUCCAGGGAGCGCCUCUGCGAGGGAAAACCGUGACACUGUAUUUUGUCAAAUGAGGCGGGCUAUGGACCUGAUACAUUACGUAGUUCGAGACGGUCUGCCUGGUCACGAGGAGCAAUCACAAGAGGUAACCUACUCUCGUGAUAAAGAGCAGUUGCAACCUUUCUCGGACAGUCAAGAACAGGCAGCUCAAUGGGAAGCUGGAACUGCAUUAGGUGCCCUGCGAGGGUUGUCGACGCAGGUCCGCGCAGCAAGGGCGCGCGGUGGUGCUGAUGGGCCCAGAAGAAGAGCCUUGGCAUCAACCCUGAGAGCGCUCGUCGAACGCACACACGACUUCACUGACUCCGCCUAUACCUCGCACGAACACCGUCAGAGAAUACUUGCCCUGGCCGAAAGAAUAGCGUAUGAAUUAGAGAGAUUAGUGUCGGUCGCUGUAUCCUUAGAGGAACAGGGUGUAAGUGGGACUUUAGCUGCACUGGAAAGCGCGUGUGCGGGCGCCACCAGUGCGGCCGCAGAGCUGGAACGCGCGCUGGUCGCCGCCGCGAGGGACCAAGCGCGCGACUUGGCUCCUCUCGCCGAACAAGCGAGAAAACUUGCCUCCGACCUCGCGCACAUAGGUAACCUACGACGAAAAUUAGCUAGUUCCUGUGGUGAGAGAGAAUCAGAGAGACUGCACAAUAUAGCCAGCCAGCUUCAUGAGCAAUUAGAUCAUAUUAUCGAGGUAUGCAAAUUGCUUAGGCAUAUAGCGAUGUCCGAGACCCUUCAAGUUAGUGCAAAAUUUGCUGAAAUCAAUUUGAGGAUAUACGGUCCUCAAGUUGUGACGGCGGCGCGGACACUGGCGGCGCACCCGGGCUCCGCCGCAGCGCGGGAGAACCUCGACGUGUUCGUAGAUAUGUGGGCCUGGUUGCUUGCAGACGCUGCCCGCCUUGCCAGGGAACUCUUAGACUUAACUGACGAGAGGCCCGAUAAGCAACAAUACAGCAGUUUACCUAGACCUGGGAAACAUGGUACAACUAGCAAACCCUUAAAGGCGGUUCGCUUGGAUUCCGAUGAACAAGCCAAGAUUGCUAAAUCGGGACUAGAAAUGAAGAUGAUGUCUUCCGAGAUGGAUGCGGAAACCGAGAAAUGGCAAGGCGCUGAUGAAAAUAAUGACAUUGUAAAGAGAGCAAAAAAUAUGUCUUCCAUGGCCUUUGCUAUGUACCAAUUUACGAAAGGUGAAGGUCGACUUAAUACAACCCAAGAUCUUUUUACGCAAGCAGAAUAUUUUGCAGAAGAAGCGAAUAGACUGUAUAAAAUUGUGCGGCAGUUUUCAUAUCAGGUGCCGGCAGGUACAGCCAAGAAGGAGCUAUUAGAACACUUGGACAAAGUCCCGACGUAUGUGCAACAACUGCAAUUUACGGUCAAGGAACCCACGGUGGGGCGAGCAGCAACCUUUAGCAAAGUUGAUAAUGUCAUUCAAGAGACCAAACACCUCAUGAAUGUCAUUAGCAAAGUUGUAACAACGUGUUUCGACUGCGCAAAUAAGUACUCCCUUUGUAUGCCCGAGAGAGUUCCUAUGUAUUGGAAGCCAAAUUUACGAAAAGCAUCUACAUUUAAGAGUGAAAAUAGUGUAUUGAAUGGUUAAUGUAGGUAUACGUGUGGUUAAAGUUUUAUUGUGUACUUCACUAACAACGUUGUUUUCACUGUAAUACAGUACUUAUACAAUCAGAGGCCUUUACAUCUACAUCGUGGUUAACUGAAAAUUAGUGUAGAAUUGUUUGAUGGUGUUUACCCAUAGCUAAUUAAUGAAUGUUGUUUAUGUGAUGUUGCAAUGACAGUUUAUAAUAACUAUUUAGAUUAGUCUAUGUGUGAUCAAAGAUAAAUGUUCUUAAGGUUUAUAAAGUCACUUAUAAACUUUAAGUC